AUGAUAGACGAUGAUCCACUGCCACCGCCGCCACCGCCUGUUUCGAUGGCACCAGCCUAUGGGUCACUGGCAGCGAGAAAUCCCCCAAAAUCAUCAACAAAUGACCGUUCAUCAUUCGCGCUGGGCCCUCAGUUCGACCGUUCCUAUGAUUGGAUCCCAAAAGUUUACAUUGAAAAAGCAGUUGCUUUGUACGACUAUGAAGCGGAGAAACCGGAUGAGCUUACACUUCGAGAAAACUGUAUCGUUUAUGUGUUACGGAAAAAUGAUGAUGGCUGGUAUGAAGGUGUCUUGAACGGAUGCACUGGACUCUUUCCUGGGAAUUAUGUUCGGACCAUCAGCUGA